AUUAUUGUUAGAUCAAUCCAUGUUUAUCCAUGUUAUUAAUGCUCCAACACGUGGUGUUUGUCCAUCCGCAACUCUGACAGAUUGUGCCGAAAACUCGUCGACGGUGGAAAGCUUGGUGUAGGAGAGAGAAAAACAAUUCCGCGGACAAAAUAUGGAACUGAAACCCGGCCUCUCAGCGCUAAUCACCGGCGGAGCUUCUGGAAUUGGUAAGGCUCUGUGCUUAGCUUUGGCGGAGAGAGGUAUAUUUAUUACUGUGGUUGACUACUCCGAGGAAAAGGGGAAGCAGGUGGCAGCUCUCGCCGAGAAACAAAUUGCUAAGUUUCAUAAUAAUCUGAAAUUUCCUUGUGCUACGUUCAUUAGAUGUGAUGUCACCAACUCAGGAGAGGUGUCUUCUGCUUUUGCAAAGCAUCUAGCAACUUAUGGUGGGCUAGAUAUCUGCAUCAACAAUGCUGGAAUUGGUACUCCAAUUCCGUUGCACAAGGACCAAACUGGUGGCUCUGCUCAAUGGAGACGUACUGUUAACGUGAACCUAGUUGCUGUCAUUGAAUGCACUCUUUUAGCGAUCCAAGUUAUGAAAGCUUCCAAAGGAUCAGGUGUAAUCAUCAAUAUGGGAUCAUCUGCUGGGCUGUAUCCUUUAUUUGCAGAUCCAUCAUACUCUGCCUCCAAAGGUGGUGUAGUUCUUUUUACUAGAUCUCUUCUUCCAUACAAACGUCAAGGAAUUCGUGUGAAUGUACUCUGCCCCGAAUUUGUUGAAACUGAUUUAGUGUCAAAUUACUCAAAUAUUGAUCUUAAGUUUCUAACCUCGAUCGGGGGCUUCAUACCUAUGGAAAUGGUGAUUAAAGGUGCUAUGGAGCUUAUAGCAGAUGAGACAAAAGCUGGAUCUUGCUUGUGGAUAACAAAUCGUAGAGGGCUUGAGUAUUGGCCAACUCCCGUCGAAGAAUCAAAAUAUCGAAUUCGUUCUCCAAAAUUGGAGAAAAGAUCAAUGCUUACCUAUCCGUUGGAUCCGAAAUUACCUCAGAGCUUUGAGAAAAUAGUUGUUCACACCUUGAAUCACAAUUUCCGUGCUGCUACGAGGAUACUGCGCACCACUUUGGGCCUGCCUAUCAAGCGAAAUCACGUUCUCGUGAAAAUAUUGCAUGCUGGUGUUAAUGCUAGUGAUGUAAAUUUCAGUUCUGGCCGUUAUUUUAGUUCCAAAAGUGGCGACCUUGCUGCAAACCUCCCCUUCGAUGCUGGUUUUGAGGCUGUUGGUAUAAUUGCUGCAGUUGGUGAUUCUGUGGACUCCUUGAAAAUUGGCACCCCUGUUGCAGUGAUGACUUUUGGAAGUUAUGCUGAAUUCAUGACUGUUCCUUCCAAAUAUAUUCUUCCUGUGGCUAGACCUGAUCCAGAAGUUGUAGCUAUGCUUACAUCUGGACUUACAGCUUCAAUAGCUCUUGAAAAGGCAGCACAAAUGAGUUCAGGAAAAACAGUUCUGGUCACUGCCGCUGCAGGGGGGACAGGACAGUUUGCUGUACAGUUGGCGAAAUUGGCUGGAAACAAAGUUGUAGCGACUUGCGGAGGUUCUGAUAAAGCCAUGCUUUUGAAAAAACUGGGAGUCGACCGAGUAAUAAAUUACAAGGAAGAAGACGUAAAAACAGUUUUGAAGAAGGAAUUUCCAAAAGGAAUUGAUAUUAUCUAUGAGUCCGUUGGUGGUGAAAUGUUCAAUAUGUGCCUGAAUGCCCUGGCAGUUUAUGGUCGGCUUGUGGUGAUUGGAAUGAUAUCUCAGUAUCAAGGAGAACAUGGAUGGGAGCCUUCAAAUUAUCCUGGACUCUGUGAGAAGCUCUUAGCAAAAAGUCAAACUGUGGCUGGUUUCUUCCUUGUACAAUAUAGUCAUCUAUGGCAACAACACCUGGACAAGCUGUUUGACUUCUACUCCUCAGGGAAACUUAAGGUGAACAUGGACCCAAGAAGGUUUGUGGGGCUUCGUUCUGUCUCUGAUGCCGUUGAAUAUUUACAUUCUGGUAAAAGUAUUGGCAAGGUGGUGGUUUGCAUUGAUCCAACCUUCAGUCAAGCUAUUUCAAAAAUGUGAGACUUGGUAGCCACAUACACGAUACACAUACUCUGGGCUCGUUGACUGACGUAUGAGAUUGUUGUAUAAUGCACCUGAAUACUGGUAUAUGAAUUUUUUGGUCUUAUGCAAUCAUGCUCAUUCACAGAACUGAAAUUAUAAAAAAGAUUCCUGGUUAGAAUCCUCAUGGUAGUAGUUGAAGGGAAGAAGAUGGUGUAUAGCAGGGCGAUUUUCUUGCAAUGCAUACUGCUAGUGCAUAAUGCCUACCCUUUGCGUCUCAUAUUGGACCGCAUAUGUGUGAAAUCUGACUGUUUAACGGGAAAUGUUACCCGAAAAGAUAAUAAGAGCUAGGGGAUUGGAAUUUCCUCUGCUUCUUCUACAUCAUUGUGCAUGUAUAUUGCUUCUUUAUCUUCCUGCUGUUUUUCAUCGCUUGUAUCCGGAUCAAUGUAAAGGUGGUGUACAUGGUCCUCAAUUUCUUGUUGGCCUUUAUAGAAAAAAAAAAAGAACUACUAAUGUAUUAGUUUUAUUGUUGUUUUGUAACUACUAUCCUUUUGUAAAGACUUACAGGGUACAUGAAUGACUUAUGGCAGAUAUUUAAAACUGAAUCUCUAUACUAUUA